UCUUAGAAAAAAAUUAUUUACAUCGCAUAAUGUAUAUAUUAUGUUAACUGCCAAUAUUUCUCUCAGUGUUCAGUGAUUUCUCGAAACAGUAAGAUAACGAUUAAUUUUAUAUAAUACAUCUUUAGCACUCGCAAUUCAAGACGGUGCUAACAGUACUAUCGUUACAAAUUGUUAAUUGUUACAAAGUACUGUAAUUUAAAUUUUCACAUCAUUUUAACAUAUUUAGAUGCUUUAAAGCAAAUUAGUAUGGCAUUGCGACAUAUCUUAUUAAAUGGAUUAAUAUUUAUCGUGAUGAUUAUACUAUCUACUGCACAAUUUACGACUAAUACUACUGAAAUUAAUAACAAGGUUUUCAAUGUCAGUCGUUUUAAACCAUUGCGUUAUGAUGUCAAAAUAAAAUUUGACGUAUACAAUAAUGUCUUUUUUGGAGAAUGCAUUAUCGCUAUCGAGAUUUAUCGUCAGACAAAAACGUUAAUUAUGAACUUAGAGACUACGGCCAUAAUUAAAGUUGACCUGAUGGACCACUAUAAUAAUCUGACAAUCAACAUCCAGAAAUUUUCAUUUAUCAAUAAAACGUACAUUCAUCUUCAUUUGAACCAAUCAUCAAUAGAGUUUUUAUCUCCUGAUAAAGCAGAAGUACUAAACUACAAAGGCAUUAAAUUAAUAAGAGCACAAGAACUAUUUCCAUGUUGGAUCAAGUCAAAAUUUAAAUCAAUUUUUAACAUUUCCAUCAAGCAUCAUCAAAUCUAUACAUUUUUCUCGAAUGUGCCAAUGCGAAAACAAGUACAAAGUAUAAAUAACAUGUUGUGGACUCACUUUAACGAAUCACCUUCUAUGUCCGCUAAAGAUUUAACAAUUGGUAUAACUGCAUCAACUUAUUCCUUAAUUUCUGCUAAAAAUCUCAAAUUUUGGCAUAGAAAAGAAAUCAGAGAUCAGGUGCAUUUUGUAAAAGACAUUACGCAAAAAGUCAUAUAUUAUUUGCAACAAAAGAGUACAAUCAAAAUACGAAAUGUAGAUUGCUAUAUAGUUAAGGGCCUUCAACACAGUUACAUAAGAAUUUUGAACACAGUAAAGUCAUGGGGAUUCAUUUUAUUAAGGGAAGAAGAUAUUAUUUAUAAUGAGACAUUAAAUCAAAAUGUCCGCAAAACAGAAGUGGCAAACUUAAUAGCAUGUGCAACGGUAUCUCUUUGGUACGACGAUUAUUUUAUAAUUUGA